GACAACACAGGAAAAGAGGUUUCCGCCCGGACACGUGUUCCGUGAGCGCCUCCUGCACUUUGCGGGUUGUUUGUUGUCUCAUGUGUGUUGAAGUGAGUUUGUUUGUUCAGCGGCGGUUCAUUGAUAAAAGUCUCUGCAUUCAUAUCAGAUCACACCUGACAUGACUCAGGACAGUCAACACGGCAAGUGGACCAUCUCCAGCAGUGAUGACGAUGACGAGGCUCUUCCUCCCUCUGGGACUACAUCAUCUAACCGACCCCCUGCUUCUAAUCCCGGUCUUCAUCGGUCUGCCUCUCCCCCAAGCCCUAAACUUGAACCACCUGUGGAGGUGAAACCAGAACCAGCCAACACCCCUGUAUCCUCACUUGUUGUCGGCUCUGAGGCCAGGCAGUCAGCAGCAAUGAACCAGUUAAAUCCAGUGAAGUAUGAAACUAGUCAGUCACUGGCUGGAAAGCGGAAGAAAGAGGUGUCGGAUGGCUCAGGCUGGGCUCUCUCGGAGAGUGAUGACGACGAUGAUGGACAUGCAAAGGGGAAGAGUGUCAGUAACUUGCCAAAGAAGGCACCAAGCCCCAAAACAAAGAAAGCAAAGGUGGAGAACGAGCGUCCGCCGAGUCCCCACGGCCGGCUCUUUUACAUCGACGAGCCAGACGACUUCUUUGAAUCCAGCGUUCCCUGUCUGAACGACAUGUACAGGUUUUACCUGAACAAAGUCACAGGCCUGGACAGGAAGUACAACAGUGGAGCUCUGCACAUCAGAGACAUCCUCUCUCCAUUAUUCGGGACCCUGAAAGAAUCUGUUCAGUUCAACUACUGCUUUGAUAUUGCCUGGAUGGUUAAUCAGUACCCAGCAGAGUUUAGGGAUCGUCCCGUUCUGCUUGUCCAUGGAGAUAAGAGGGAGGCCAAAGCCCGGCUCGUGCAGCAGGCUCAGCCUUUCCCACAUGUUCGAUUCUGUCAGGCCAAGUUGGAUAUUGCUUUUGGAACUCACCACACGAAGAUGAUGUUGCUGUGGUAUGAGGAAGGCUUCAGAGUCAUCAUUAUGACCUCCAAUCUCAUCAGAGCUGACUGGUACCAGAAAACACAAGGGUUGUGGAUGAGCCCCUUGUAUCCACGUUUACCAAAGGGCAGCAGUGCAACCUCAGGUGAGUCACCGACCUUCUUUAAAAGGGACCUGCUAGAAUACUUGGCAUCAUACCGUGCACCAGAACUCGAGGAGUGGAUCCAACGAAUCAAAGAGCACGACCUGUCAGAGACCAGGGUUUAUUUGGUGGGCUCAACCCCGGGGAGAUAUGUUGGUUCAGACAUGGAGCGUUGGGGCCACCUGAGGAUGAGGAAGCUGUUGUAUGACCACACUGAUCCUGUUCCCAGCGAGGAAAGGUGGCCUGUGAUUGGCCAGUUCUCCAGCAUCGGCUCAAUGGGACUGGAUAAGUCCAAAUGGUUGGCAGGGGAAUUUCAGCGCACCAUGACCACGCUGGGGAAAUCCUCUCUGCGCUCAGACCCCCCCAUGCACUUGCUGUAUCCAUCUGUCGAAGAUGUGAGGAAUAGUUUAGAAGGUUAUCCAGCGGGAGGAUCUCUUCCUUACAGCAUCCAGACAGCGCAGAAACAACUUUGGCUCCACUCGUACUUCCAUCGUUGGAAGGCGAAUACAACAGGAAGAAGUCAUGCUAUGCCACACAUCAAGACGUACAUGAGGGCGUCACCAGACUUCACUCAGCUUGCCUGGUUCCUCGUCACAAGUGCCAACCUGUCCAAAGCAGCGUGGGGUGCGCUGGAGAAGAACAACACUCAGGUGAUGGUUCGUUCGUACGAGCUGGGAGUCCUCUAUGUGCCCUCCGCCUUUAACAUGAAGACCUUCCCUGUUCACAAAAACCCAUUUCCUGCCUCUUCUUCCUCCUCUGGUUUCCCUGUGCCCUUUGACCUCCCUCCUACAUGCUACUCUCCUAAAGAUCAGCCUUGGAUCUGGAACAUUCCGUACAGCCAGGCACCCGACACACACGGCAACAUCUGGGUUCCCUCUUGAACACACACACACACACACACACACACACACACAUAUAUAUACACCUCUCUAUUACUUUAAUACUGCUGUUUGCAACUGUCUAAGUGUUAGUUGUCAGUAACAUUUAUUUUUAUAUUUUAUACCACACUCUAGACUGUCUUUAAGUAGACUGACAUGUUUUGUACCAAUAAACAGAAUCAUGUUAUCAUUG